AUGCACGGCAAACCGACCCACCCCCUAAAGGCGGUCAUCCCCCCUUCUAUUCUGCCAGAAGCAGUCCUCCACCCAGACCACGAGCAAAUCGACCGCCAUGUUAUGACAUACCUCCUCAACACAUGGGAAUGGCCGUCGGAAAAAGACAUACAGGCGUUCAUCAGUUGGAAGCUGAGCGAAGUCGUGCUGUUUAUGUUUCCCACGGGGGAGGCGGAGCGUGUGAAGCUCGCGUGUGAGCUUUUACUCUUAGGCUUCCUCAUGGAUGGUCAGUUCCCCCCACAUGUCACCCCUUUGUUGUUUCAAUCACUGACAAAAGCAGACUACUCUGACAAAAACACCCUCUCCACCAACGCCAGCAUCGUCUCCUCUCUUCACUCCCUUUUGACCUCCCCCGAGAUGACUGUUCCGGUGACAACAAUCGACAGCAUGCACGCGGGUUUGUUUGCCAAGUUCUUGACGGAGGGGUACCCCGCUCUGGCAGGUAUUACGGCUGAUGAGAAAAGGAUGUUGAGACCGUUGGAAAAACUGGCGAAUUAUCAUGUCAGUAUAUUGAAUGAUGUUUUUAGUUUUGAGAGAGAAUGGCAAGCGGCGGAGAUGAAUGGAGAGGAGGGAGGGGCGUUGGUGAAUGGGGUUGCGGUUUUGGCGGGGGAGGUGGGUAUUGGGGUUGAGGCGGCGAGGGGGUUGUCUGUCAGGCUUGUCAGGGCUUGGGAGGGGGAGUUUGUCAGGUUGAAGGGGGAGAUGCAGGUCGAGGGGAGGUUGCGGAGGGCAGUGGAGGGGAUUGAGAGGAGGAUGAGUGGUGCGGAGGCUUUUUCUUGGAGGACGGGGAGGUAUUUAUUUUGGAGUAAGGGGUGGGUGGGUGCAUUUAGGCGUUGGUAG